AUGUUAAAUAGUGCUCAGAUUUAUGUGAUUAUUAGCUAUGAAAUGAUGCAAAAAUGUUCACUUGUCGCUAUUGCUGGUCCAACAACAGAUCAACAACCACCAUUUAUUUGGAGUAAAUCGGAUUUUGAUAAAAAAGUAUCACAUAUUGGUCAUCCAGACAAAUGGGAUUUCAAACCAUAUACACCAACAUGGACAUUAUCUUAA